AUGUCAGAAGCACUGAAGCCAGUUCAGUGGGAUGAGGGAGUGUGGGAGCCCUUGUGUGCUGUGCACGUGGGCAGGAGCCCAGUUAUCUUUGUGAUCUUUGUAACUUUUGUAGUGACUCAGAAGAGCUGCCGCUCAGCGGAAGUGAUUCCCGGCGCGCCUUUGACCUUCUUUUCCCGGCUGCGCGGGCUGACGUGUCGGAGGAAGCCGGAAGUAGCGGCUGAGUUGUGGAGGUUCUGCGCUCGCUCGCCGAGGCCGGAGUUCUCUCUCGCCCGCGCCCUCCGCUCUCUCCCGGCCGGCCUCCCUCCCGCCAUGGGCCUCGUGCGCUUCCUGCUGCCCGUCGCGCUUCUGGCAGCUGCGUCGCCCUGGGCCUGGGCCUUCUACCUGCCCGGCCUGGCGCCCGUCAACUUCUGCGAAGAGAACACGGCCAAGGAGGACUGCAAGUCUAUAAUAGAGCUCUUUGUAAAUAGACUGGACUCUGUGGAAUCCGUCCUUCCAUACGAAUAUGCUGUAUUUGAUUUUUGCCAAACAAAUGGAGAAAAACGCCCAUCUGAAAAUCUUGGGCAGGUAUUGUUUGGAGAGAGAAUUGAACCUUCACCAUAUAAGUUUACCUUUAAAAAAGAUGAGAAAUGCAAACCUGUUUGUAAAAAAACAUAUGAUCUCAGCCGUGCAGAAGACAAGCAAAAGCUAGAAUUUCUGAAAAAGAGCAUGCUGCUGAAUUAUCAACAUCACUGGAUUGUGGACAACAUGCCUGUGACAUGGUGUUAUGAAGUGGAAGAUAGCCAGAAGUUCUGCAAUCCUGGAUUUCCCAUUGGUUGUUAUAUAACUAAAGAAGCAAAACCCAAAGAUGCCUGCGUUAUCAGUGCAAAGUUUCAUGAAGCGGAUACUUUCUACAUAUUCAACCAUGUGGAUAUCACGAUAAGUUAUCACGUUGUAGAAAAUGAACAGUCUGGUGCAAGACUUGUAGCCGCUAAACUUGAACCAAAAAGUUACAAACAUACAAAUGUUGAGAAUCCAGACUGCUCAGGACCACCUAUGGAUCUAAGUAACACAGCUACUAGCGGAACAGUCCUCGUUGCCUACACGUAUUCAGUAAAAUUUGAGGAAAACAGAGAGAUAAGGUGGGCAUCCAGAUGGGACUACAUUUUAGAAUCCAUGCCCCAUACACGUAUACAGUGGUUUAGUAUUAUGAAUUCUCUGGUGAUUGUCCUUUUCCUCUCUGGAAUGGUAGCUAUGAUCAUGUUAAGAACUCUGCACAAAGACAUUGCACGAUACAAUCAAAUGGAUUCUACUGAGGAUGCUCAGGAGGAAUUUGGCUGGAAACUGGUUCAUGGUGACAUAUUCAGGCCCCCAAGGAAAGGAAUGCUCCUGUCUGUAUUUCUAGGCUCUGGAACACAGAUUUUAAUUAUGACUUUUGUUACAUUAUUCUUUGCCUGCUUGGGAUUUUUGUCUCCUGCAAAUCGGGGCGCGCUAAUGACCUGUGCUGUGGUCUUGUGGGUGCUGCUUGGAACACCAGCAGGUUAUGUUGCUGCCAGGUUCUACAAAUCAUUUGGGGGUGAGAAAUGGAAGACCAAUGUACUGCUGACAGCCUUCCUUUGUCCUGGUGUUGUGUUUGCGGAUUUCUUUAUCAUGAACCUGAUUCUUUGGGGUGAAGGCUCUUCAGCGGCCAUUCCAUUUGGUACUUUGGUUGCUGUUUUGGCACUUUGGUUUUGCAUAUCUGUACCAUUGACAUUCAUUGGGGCCUACUUCGGUUUUAAGAAGAAUGCCAUAGAACAUCCAGUUCGUACUAACCAGAUCCCUCGUCAGAUUCCUGAACAGUCAUUUUAUACAAAACCAUUGCCUGGCAUCAUUAUGGGAGGUAUUCUGCCCUUUGGGUGCAUCUUCAUACAACUUUUCUUCAUUCAGAAUAGCAUAUGGUCUCAUCAGACGUAUUACAUGUUUGGCUUCCUUUUUCUCGUGUUCAUCAUUCUUGUCAUCACAUGCUCAGAGGCUACCAUCCUGCUUUGCUAUUUCCACUUGUGUGCAGAGGACUACCACUGGCAGUGGCGCUCAUUCCUCACUAGUGGCUUCACUGCUGUUUACUUUCUAAUAUAUGCAGUACAUUAUUUUUUUUCCAAACUCCAAAUUACGGGUACAGCAAGCACCAUCUUAUACUUUGGCUACACAAUGAUAAUGGUAUUGAUCUUCUUCCUUUUUACAGGAACAAUUGGAUUCUUCGCCUGCUUCUGGUUUGUGACCAAAAUAUACAGUGUGGUAAAAGUUGACUAAAGAAACUGUUGUUCGUGUACAAUACAGGAGCUAUCUAUAACCUAAUUUAAAGACAUGCUGUUGGAGAAUUUAAACUUUAUUUUGAAGUAUGGUUUCUGUACUCUGCGAAUGAUACUGAAUAUAAAUUCCUUUACCCCGACUGAAAUAUUUGUAUUGUGACUUUACAAUCUGUUUUCACUUGAUGGUUCUUUAUGAAGAUUGAAGUUAAAUAUUGUAUGCUUUUGUAAAUAUUACUAUACUAAAACUUUUAAAUUCUAAUGACAGGCUACAUGUGACUGCUUUGCAGAAUUUAACAGUACUUCUAAAUAAAGUAUGGUUGUAAAUAGGGUUUUCUAGGUUGUUGGGUGGGGUUAAUUAUUUUUCACCAGAAGAAAUAACUGCUUUCUAUCAUGAUUUUGAAGAAUGACUCUGGAAGUGUAUUGCUUUUAAUUUCAGUUGUUUGGGUUUUUUUGUUUUAUACUGGAGUUGUGGCCAUAAAUCCUUCUCUUUUUUUCCCUCAGUGAUUUUCAUUAGGUUCCAGUGUUGUUGGCCUUUUAAACUAUGUGCCUCUGGAGUCCUGGAAUGUUCAUAAUAGUAAUAAAUACUGUAAUAAAUUCUGUAAACAUUAUCAGUGCAUCAUUACAUAUUAUAAAUAAGUUCACAAAAUCCUGUAAAUACAAUAUAUUGACAGAAGUUUUUAAAAGUUAUGUAGAUUGUUUUAUUGUGUGUUUAAAAUCUUGGUUGACUGAACUUUUUUAAAAAAUCUGUUCCAUAUGACAUAAAAGUAAUAAUCUUUUACUGCAUUAUAAGAAUGGGCUUUUAGUAUUGUGUUGUGUCAGUCCUAUUCCAGUUAGCCCAGCUAGACUAAGAGAUCGGAGAAUAUGUUGAGAAGAUCUGCGUAUGUAAGAUCAAGAUACACUGUGAAGUACAUUCACAACAGAUCUUAAUGAAGCAUAUUAUGUAAAAUGGAUAACUAUGUUGUCCUUUGAUGUACGAAAAAGCAGACACACUUAUUUGCCUCUCAUUUGAAGAGUAGUCCAAGUUACCAGCUGUAGAGGGUAAAUUAAUCCAAAUCUUUGCAAUGGAAACAUGUUUGUUUGGGUUUGUAACAGUUCAUCUGUUUCAUAAUGCCUGCACGUUUCCCACAAGAGCACCCCUGGUUAACAUAUUGUUUAAAAUGCACGUUUUGGUUUAUUAGAGCAAAGAACCUCAGUUUUUUCCCCUAACGUUCAUUCUAAAAAUCAUAAAGUCAAGGUGCUUGAAUAUUAAAAUACAAUAAAAUAUCUUUUGUUAA